ACAAUUCACAAAACGUCCUUUGAAAUUGGAGCUAUUUCUGUUGAAGGUUUCGUUGACGUGCACGAAUCGUAGUGGCCCCUCUUCUCUCAUCGCAUCGAGUUGAGUUUCUCAUCCUCCCAUUUAUUAGGGCUCCGUCUUUGACCCUCUCUUUCUCACCGGUCGGUGCAUUUUACCGGAAAAUCCAUAUUUUCCGAUAAGAUUCUCCGACCGCUCUUGUUAUAUUUUCCCAAGGAAAUCUCAAAUUCGUAUACUCCCGUCCAAUAUCCAAUUCUUUUCUCGCGUUCCUCGACACGAAGAAUCUUUGGUGAUCCUUAACCGUUUGAUUUCCAAUUUCCUUCUUGUCAUGAUUCAGCUAUGAUUUAAUCGGAAUUGGAUUUCAAGUUCUCAUUGAAAUCGCUGACUCUGAUAUCAUCAACAAUCUUUGUUGCGGAGGGAGGUUUUAGCUUCGGUAUUCUGUAAUUGAUUUAUCCGUGAAGAUGGCUGGUCAAGGCGGCUCUUCAAGGAGAAGUCUAUCGCUGACAAGCAAGAAGAAGACUUCCGAGAAUGGAGGCCCUGAGUUUGCGGCGCGAAGAUCUCUUUCGUCUGCGCGAUCUAUGGGGCUAAGUGGUGAACGUACUGUAAAACGGCUGCGGCUGUCAAAGGCCCUAACAAUACCUGAAAGUACAACUAUUCUUGAGGCUUGCCGUCGGAUGGCUGCUCGUAGAGUUGAUGCUUUAUUGCUAACUGACUCCAAUGCAUUACUUUGUGGAAUCCUUACAGACAAGGAUAUAGCAACUAGGGUUAUUGCCCAGGAGGUUAACCUUGAGAAUACACCUGUUUCAAAAGUUAUGACAAAAAACCCGGUCUUUGUUCUCUCCGACACUCUUGCUGUGGAAGCCCUCCAAAAGAUGGUGCAAGGAAAAUUCAGACAUUUGCCUGUGGUGGAGAAUGGGGAGGUCAUUGCUUUACUUGAUAUAGCAAAGUGUUUAUAUGAUGCUAUUGCUCGUAUGGAAAGGGCGGCUGAAAAGGGAAAGGCUAUUGCUGCAGCUGUUGAAGGUGUUGAAAAACAUUGGGGGACAUCAAUUUCUGGCCCCAAUACCUUCAUUGAGACGCUUCGAGAGCAGAUGUUUAGGCCAUCUCUGUCUACAAUCAUUCUGGAGAAUUCAAAGGUUGUAACAGUUUCCCCAACAGAAACAGUUUUAGUGACAGCAAAGAAGAUGCUUGAACUUCGAUUAAGCUGUGCAGUUGUGACAAUUGAUGACAAACCGCGGGGAAUUCUUACAUCAAAGGAUAUCUUGAUGCGGGUAAUAGCACAAAAUCUUCCUCCAGAGUCCACUUUGGUGGAUAAGGUCAUGACUCCAAAUCCAGAAUGCGCAACGGUAGAUACACCGAUUGUUGAUGCACUGCAUAGUAUGCAUGACGGGAAGUUUUUGCACCUUCCAGUAGUAGAUAGAGAUGGAACUGUAGUUGCUGUCGUGGAUGUAAUACAUAUCACACAUGCUGCUGUGGCAACAGCUGGAAAUACUGCUGGCAUAAGUAAUGAAGCCACGAACACUAUGAUGCAAAAGUUCUGGGAUUCUGCCAUGGCCUUAAGUGCCAAUGAUGAUGAUGAGGAUACUCAAAGUGAAGGUUCCUUAAAAUUGGCUUCAGAUGCAACGGAGACAGCAAGAUCGAUUUCCUAUCCUUUAACAAAACUGUCUAAUACAUUUGCUUUUAAGAUUGAAGAUAAGAAGGGCAGGAUGCACAGGUUUACUUGUGAAGCCCAAAGUUUGACAGAUCUUCUAGCUGCGAUCCUUCAGAGGGUGGGAGAUGACAUCGACCCCAACAACCUGCCUCACAUUAUGACCCCCCCGGUUAUAUGCUAA